CACGUGUCAUGUAGUGCAUGUGAGUCAUAUCAUGAGCCCUACAAAAUUCCGUCUUUUCUCUUUUGGAGAUCCUUAGGCAUCUGCAGACCGACCAUCCGUUUGAUUUUCGUGCAUUAUGUAUAUGUAUUUAUAUAUAUAUAUACUUAUUGAAUAUUAUUAUUAAGUGAAUGAGCCCCAGUGCGGGUGGGCAUGGGCUCCAUCCCCAUAUAUAUGAAAUAAUUCAUAUAUACAUGCAUACAUCACUCUGUUUGACUCCCCGAUAGCAAUAAUUCCAGACCAAACAAGGUGCAUCCAUGUAUGCAUUAUGCAUGCUCGAAUCGAUCCACCAUUUUUGUUUGCUCGUUUUGUUUUUGUAUUUUUAAUGAAUAUGCCAUGAAAACCACAUGUUAAUUGAUAUAUAUAUAUAUAUAGCACUGUUGUGUCUUAGGAGAAAUAUAUAUGUCGGUAACUUGGGUUGCGUAAAUUGAUAUCAUUACUACCUGUUGGCAUUUGUGUAAUAGCAAGUCCAUGAUUUAACAAAUUAAGUUUACUUGGCCACUGUUUCUCUCUCGCACAGCCUUAAUUACAUUCAUUGCAGCUUCGCGGGGCGGGUGGUCGGCACUUACUUCUAAGAUUUAACCAUGCAUAUAACUCAAAACCUGCAUCGAUCCUAGUGCUCUCUCCCCCCCUCUCUCUCUCUCUCACACACACACACACGCACAGAUUAACUUAGAGUAGUGGAGUAUUGCAAUGGUGAUUCACACAUUUUUAUAGAUUAACUUAGAGUAGUGGAGUAUUACAUUGGUGAUUCACACAUUUUUAUCAUUAUACAGUAGUCACUUCAAUUAGUAAACUUUUUUCAUUCCUUGCUAACGUAUUAACUAUUUUUCUAUAAAGUUAAGUAGAGCAUAAUCAGAUGUACAUUAUCACGUCAUGGAUUGGGUCAGAACUAUUUAUUUAUCCCCCAAAAAGAGAAAAAGAUUACAUACAUAAAGAAACAAAUACCUAAUUGUAGAAAAUUACAACUUAAAUGAUUUGUUUGUCCUAGUGUUUUAAUGUGGGCUGUACCACGGACAGUGAAUUAUAGCAGCUGAGUCAGCUAAAGGACAUUUGUCUAGCUUCCAUUAAACAAUUCCACGUUAGAGUUGCAGUAUCUCCAUCCUGCUUAAAUGUCCUCCUUCACUCCCCCCCUCCCCCACACUCAUAGGGGGUGAGAGAGAGAGAGAGAGAGAGAGAGAGAGAGAGAGAGAGAGUUAUUUAAGAGAGCAAAAGUGAGAAAGCCUUCAGCUAUAUAUCAGAGAGAGAGAGAGAGAGAGAGAGAGAGAGAGAGAGUGUGUUAUUUAAGAGAGCAAAAGAGAGAAAGCCUUCAGCUAUAUAUCAGCGCAGCGGUACGUAGCAGAACAAAUUCUAGUAGCAGAUUGAGCACCUGUGGCUGGGGCUAACCUUGGAAGAUAUGGGUGAAGAGAACAAACACGAGGAAAAGAAGGAAGAAGGUGCUAAAGAAGAAAAGAAAGAUGAGGAGAAGAAAGAAGAACCUCAAGAGAUUGUGCUCAAGGUUGAUAUGCAUUGCCAAGCCUGCGCCCGCAAAGUUGCAAGAGCCUUGCGAGGAUUCGAAGGCGUGGAACAAGUAACGGCGGAUUGCAAGGCGAGUAAGGUGGUGGUGAAAGGGAAGACAGCAGAUCCUAUAAAGGUGUGCCAAAGGAUUCAAAGGAAAAGCGGCCGGAAAGUGGAGUUGAUUUCACCUCUGCCCAAUGCCCCCGAGGAGGAAAACAAGGAAGCAAAACAAGAAGAAGAUAAGAAGGAAGAGCCUCCUCCUGUUGUAACUCAUGUGUUGAAAGUUGGAAUGCACUGUGAAGCAUGUGCUCAAGGUUUGGAGAGGACAAUCAGAAAGAUCCCAGGAGUGGAGUCGGCAACUGCAGACCUGGCAAAUGAUCAAGUAAUUGUGAAAGGUAUUAUUGAUCCCACAAAGCUGGUCGAUGAGGUUUACAAGAGAAAAAAAAAGCAAGCUUCUAUUGUAAAGGAUGAAGAGAAGAAGGAAGAAGAUAAGAAAGGGGAUGAGAAAAAGGAAGAAAAAGAAGGAGAAAAGAAAGAUGCUGCCGAAGGGGAGAAGGGAGAAGAAGAUAUAAAGAAUGACAUCAAGAAAAGCGAACAUUGGCCGCCAAAGUACUACAUGGAGUACGCUUAUGCGCCCCAAAUUUUCAGUGACGACAAUCCAAAUGCUUGCUCCGUUAUGUAAUAUCCACUCACUAUAUUAAUUUCCCGACUAGCUAGCUAGUUCGUCUAGCUGUCUCCUGCAAUUUUUCGUGUCUUCGACCAUGGUAAUAAGAUAGUUUCUUUGUUAGGCAACUGCCAACUGGGGGCUUCUAUUAUGCCAUCUCUUGUCAUCUAAAAAUUAACUAAUCCUGUCCGUCUCAUCAUCAGUCACGAGAGGUGAAGUUUGUAAAUACCCAAAAGCUGGGUAGUAAUAAUUAAACAGUAGUUUUGUA